AUGUGCGAUUUAUUUUCGAGCGCUGCUGACGAGUGUGAAAAGGAUAAACAAGGAUCCGGUCUCGAAGACGAAAGGACGAACGAAAACAAAAAUAUAGCACUUCUUACCUGGCCACCCACAAUGGCAGAAGACGAUGAAAACGAUGCCAUGAGCCUUUUCGACAUCGCCUGGGAGGACGUGCUGUAUGUAAAGUUAUUUCCCCUGUUGUCGCUAAAAGACAAGUUCAACCUGCGAUGCUGCUCGAAGCUGACCAAGUCGUUCGUUGACCACGGUUUCCGGCGAAUGCGGGAAGUUAAUCUGUCUGGUAACAACUCCCCCACCGUUGCCGUGGCGUUCGAAGUGCUAGCACGGAAUUGUCGUAACGUAAGGGUGCUCAAUCUGGCACGAUGCCACUGGAUCGACGACAGCAACCUGUUCCCGUUUCUACAGGACAACCACCGGUUGUCGAAAAUCAAUAUUAGCGACUGCCCCAAGGUAACGACCCGAUCGAUGCAGCCCGUCAUCAUUGCCUGCAAACAGUUGACCACGCUGAAGCUGGCCCAUUGCCACUGGCUUACGAUCGGGGCGAUCGAAGCUCUCACGCUGCAUCACACCAAAAUACAGGAGCUGGACGUGUCGUAUUGCGCUACACUGAAUGAGCGAUGCAUCUCGGUGUUUCUGUUGAACUGUCGCACCUUGAGGACACUCUCCCUGGCAAACGUACCGGCCGUAACGGAUAACUUGCUGUUUGCGAUCGCGAAACACUCGAAGCUGAUCAAACACCUUAACCUGAUCGGUUGCUACAUGAUCACGGAUCGCGGCAUUGGAGCUCUUGCACUGUGCUGCAAAGAACUAGAGUCGCUGAUGGUACGCGAGUGUCCACAUGUAACGGAGCGAAGCCUAGCGCUGAUUCGUGGCCGGGUGUUCAUCGAUCGACCACGACUGUUCCAACCCGAUAUGAACAUGGUUCCGAACAUGGGCAUUCCCCGGCUUUAUCUGCAGUCUCGAAAAGCCGUACGCUGCGAUGUGUGCCUGAAAAUGGCGUCUAAACAAUCUUCGGAAAUAGUGUGUAGAAUUUGCUCCGCCAACACGUCCCUCGCCAGAGCAAUCUACAUUUUCUCCAUUUCCGGUGGACAGUUGGACGAUGGAAGCAAAACGAUUGCGGACAACAUUGCCGAGUUUGCGGAUGUCACGAUUAACAAUGAUGAUGAACACUCGCAGUACCUGUGUCCGGGUUGCUUCAAAGCCUUCAACAAGGCCGUGAAGUUGCGGCAGCAAAUUCGUGACGCCGAGAGCGCUAUGCUGAGUGUCCUACAAUCCAUUGAAAUGCAGGGCUCCGUGGUAGAGUAUGAAUUGGAGUAUUUGGAAGAAUUCAGGGACCAGGUUUCGGGUACCGUAGUGCCGAAAGAGUUGAUGCACCAGUCGGCGCUUGCAGAUGUCCGGUCGGACGUCGAAGCGCUCUCGGAAGGUGAGGAUGAUCUCCUGGCAAAGCAGAUGACGUUGCAGCUGUCGGAGGAAGAGCUGGACACGCUGGAAGUUGACCCGGUCGAGCAGGGAAGGUUUGUCUUCGAAAUGCCAUCCGACGAGCUGAUUGCCCGCCGCAUCGUGUUUACCGAGUUCGAGUAUCUCGAAAUCCACGGGGAACGUUGUUGCGGUUGCCCUCACAUUGCCGCUACGCACGAUGAGCUGGUCGAGCAUGCCGGUGAGAAACACUCGCAGAACUACUACGCGGACAGUAGCUACACGUGUCCCACGUGCUACAACAAGUUCCCGACGGAAGAAGCGCUCUCGAAGCACAUCCAGUACUACUCGUACAACGACGUGUUCUUGUGUACCGUUUGCCAGAAAGCGUUCAACUUCCACAGCCACCUCAUGCUGCACCGCACGCAGCACCACGAGGAAGCCGAGCUGGCCGUGGUCGAGCAAACGGAUGUAAGCAUAAAACUGGAGCACGAUGAGGCAGGCGCAGAUAAGAACCCGGCAGCGAAGCGAUGUCGGAAAACCGAGAGUACCGAGCUAACUGUCCUUCCGGAUGCACGGUUCAUUAAGGAGGUGCACGAACGUCCGGAUUACCGAGAGUACCAGCUCAUCGGCGAACGCUGCUGCUCGUGUGGCGUGCUUCAGGAUUCGAUGGAAGCACACGUGGCCGAGAUGCACUUGCCGGGUGGGAAUACACGCGCCAUGAAGGGCGGCUUGCCGUAUUGCACCGUUUGUCGGCGUCGGUUCUCUUCCGAGCGAGAAAAGCUGCUACACGAAGAGCAGCGCCGUACGGUGAACCAAAUCUACGAGUGCCGUACCUGUGGCAAGAUCUUUCGCAGGCGGCUCAUGCUUAUGAGGCACCUGGUGAAGCACGCGAAAGAAACGAAGGUUGAGGUACCAUCCGCUGCAACCGAAAAUGCAACGGUUUCGGUUCCAGCGGCUCCAGCCGAAGCCUCCGCCAAAGUGGCCACGAUGGCUGCGCCCAAAAAGCAGUUGGUUUGUUACUGUUGCUGCUUUACACGCUGUCAGCAGGAGUACAACACGGAGAAGGAACUGUUGAGUCAUGCUCUCGAGGCGCACAACGGUCGGCGGAAGGAAAACGAGAUACUGUCGAAAGCGCAGCAUCCGGACCGUUACUCGGGUUCCCUGUUUUGUCCCAUCUGCCUGCGGGUGUUUGAGUCUGCGCGGAAACUAGCGCAACAUCGGUUGUACAAAGCGCAGGCUGAAAAGAAUCGCUGUCACCAUUGUGGCCGUUGCUUCAUAAAGCCGCACGCGCUGCGAGAGCACCAGGAACGGGAACAUCUUGAUCUGCCGCCUGAGCAUGCGUGCGACAUUUGUGGCAAACACUUUCUCAACCGAACCACGCUACUUCACCACCACUCGGUGCAUGGUCCAUUCAAGAAAAUCCCUUGUGCGGCCGAAAACUGCGAUAUCGUGUUCCGUGACGAGCGGCUUAUGCGCCGCCACUUUCGCAACGUGCACGCCGAGCACACGCCGUACGAAUGCCCGCAUUGCCAGAAAAAGUAUCGCUCGAAGGAAGCGCUCGACAUUCACGUGCGUUGCCACACCGGUGACCGGCCGUUUCCAUGUCGGCACGACGGGUGCACGCGACGCUUCAGUCACGGCACCGACCGGUUGCGGCACGAGCGGGCCGCACAUACUGGCGAGCGGCCACACAAGUGUCCGUCGUGCGGUGCCACCUUCAUACGUCGACGGGAGCUGCGGAUUCACUUCAAUCGACAGCACAAGGAGACUUGAGCGGCCCAUCCGUUUCAUAUGGGCAAUAACGAGCCGAAGUAACUACCAAACCGAACG